AUGGCAUCUGACAAAGAGAUUGAGAGCCUCGUCACAGCGGAUCCAGGCCUUCCUCGGCCAAAUCCAACCCAAUCAUACUGGCAACAUAUCCCGCAUCCUCUUGCUAAUGUCCGGUCGGAGAGUCUGCCCAGCGAACGAGACUAUGCUAUCAUUGGAUCCGGCAUCACGGGCCUUUCAGUCGCCAAGACUUUGCUAGAGAACCAUCCAACUGCAACAGUGACUGUCUUGGAGGCUCGUACGCUCUGCUCUGGAGCGACGGGCCGCAAUGGUGGUCAGAUGGCUGCCAACGCAGGAGAAGAAUAUAUGCAUCUUGCUGAAGUUCAUGGUCCUGAGAUGGCGGGCAAGAUUGCAAAGUUUACUCUAAGGAAUUUAGAAAAGAUGCAAGGGCUGGUAGAAGAGUAUGAUGCCGUUGAGACUAGCGAGAUGCAAAGGCUGAAGAAAUUGCGUGUCUUUAUGACGGAGAGCAAGUUCGAGGAUUUUAAGAAGAGCAUUGCUCGUCUGGAAAAGGAUCAUCCUUCUAUGAAAGGUAUCUAUACGAUUAUUGAUGGCGAUACUGUACUGAAAGGCUACGGAAUCCAUGGAGCUGCUGGUGGAGCCUUGCUCCCAGCCGGUACAGUAUGGCCAUAUCGCCUGGUCACAAAGGUUUUCAGUGCCCUCUUGGAGAAAUACCCGAGUCGACUGAACAUCGAGACGAACACGGCCGUCGAAACUGUUGAACAUGACGAGAAGAUGCCAACGCCAAUAACGUCUGUAUUCCCUUAUAUACUGCGAACAUCUCGGGGACCAAUGAGAGCAGCCAGCGUCGUAUAUUGCGUCAACGGCUACAGUGGACAUCUCCUCCCAAGCUUACGGGGGCGCAUUCGCCCCUUCAAGGGGACUAUGACAGUUCAAGAUCCGGGUACUUCACUGCCUAAUCAGGGAAAGUCCGUGUCAUGGGGAUUCCAUUAUCCACCUACCUACGACCCAGACACUCUUCGCCACGGCUACGGGUUAUACUACCUUGGUCAAAGUGCCAAGACGGGGUAUUUCUAUUUUGGAGGGGAGAACACGCGCAUGGAUGAAGCUGUAUCGGCGGAUGAUAGUUUCAUUGCCUCGCAUUCGGUGGCUCAUCUUCGAUCGGUUCUCCCGCGAUUCUUUGGGAAAGAAAAUCUGGCUUCUUGGAAGCUGAUUAGUUCGUGGAGUGGAAUUAUGGGAUUCUCAUCGGAUGGACUGCCUUUAGUUGGACGGCUUUCACCGGCUUUGACCGGCAGACUCGGGGAGGGAGAAUGGAUUGCUGCGGCUUUCAAUGGGUACGGGAUGGCCAAUUGUCUGAUGUGCGGCGAGGCGUUGGCCUUGAUGAUAUUGGGGCAAAAAGUAGACGACUGGCUCCCUGGUGCUUACGAUCUCAGUGACCACAGAUUACGGAGCAGUUUAACUCUGCCAGAGGCUGUCAAAGCCUUGAGUGCAAAGUUGUGA